CCCCUUUAACACCUCCCCUACCCCCCAACCCAUGCCCCCGCCGAACUCUAACCCUAACCCUAACCCUAACCCUAACCCUAACCCGAGCGUCUCUCCCCCCUGAUCCAUGUCCGCCUUAGCAGGAGAGCCCGAGCGCCGUCCCCUGCCUCCUCCGCCUCCGGCGCCGGCGACGCGGAGGCUCGGGCCCGGCCAGCCGUGGUCGCACCUGGAGACGGUCCACCUGAUCGACGCCUACGAGCAGCGGUGGUACGCCCUCAAGCGGGGCCAGCUCAAGGCGCAGCAGUGGGAGGAGGUCGCCGCCGAGGUCGCCGCGCGGUGCGGCUUCGAGCGGCCCUCCAAGACCGGCACCCAGUGCCGCCACAAGAUCGAGAAACUCCGCAAGCGCUACCGCGCCGAGCGCCUCCGGCCCGUCGCCUCCCCCUGGCCCUACUUCGAACGCAUCGACCGCAUGGAGCGCGGGCCCAUGCCCAUCUCCGUGCGGCCCCCUCCCUCGCGGCUUCCCCAGGCGCUCCCGAUCGCGUCCAGCGACGAGGAGAACGACGACGCCGAAGACGACGACGGCGCGGGCGAGGACGACGGGGUGCGGAUCGCCAGCAACACGCGGAGCAUCAAUGGGAUCCUUCGCGAGUCCAGCUGGGGGUUCCCUAGGGCAUCGGCGAACCCUCCCCCUCUUCCCCCGCGGAAAUUGAGCCAUUACCAGAAGGUUGAAGCGGAAGACGAUGAUGAUGACGACGACGACGAAGAUGAUGAAGAAGAGGAGGCGGAGGAGGAUGUGGGAGUAAAGCUGAUGUCGCAGCUCGCGACAGUGGUGCGGAGGUUCGGAGAUGGAUUGGAGAGGUUGGAGAAGAGGAGGAUGGAGCUGAUGAGGGAGAUUGAGAGGGAUUGGAUGGAGAUGGAGACGAAAAGGGCUGAGAUGGUGAUGGAGUCGCAGCGCUAUCUUGUGGAGACCAUUGCCGGUGCUUUCACCUCAGCAAAGAAGGCCAAGAAAGCCCGGGAUUCAUGAGAAUGCUAAUAAUGCCAGGUCCUGCAAACACAAUCUCCAGACCCUGGUCUUUCUUAAUUAGAAAAAAGAAAUUUGGGCGGAGAUCGCGUUUCCUUUUGACUUUGCUAAUUUAAGAUUUUAUUUUUCAUGCCCUUGACCCAAUACGGAUGUAGGGAUCUUGAAUAAUCUUGAAUAAUAGAAGUAGAUUUGGUUUAAUAUUUC